AUGAAAAUUCCAUUAUUAAGUGCCAUUUUAGAGACUCUGAUAGCCUCUGAUUUUUUCAACACUUUUUUCAAGCCUAGAAUAAACUAUAGCUUUUGAUAUAGUCUUGCUGUUACUAUAAUUGCGGAACUUUUAAUUAUCCUUGAACCAAAAUUUGAGAUUUGCAUUACAAUUUUUAGUAUAUGAAAUGAUAGCAAAUGUGAAAUUUUGCCGAAAAAUCCUCGCUUACUUUUUUUAGGUAAGCUUUUUUGUUAA